AUGGCGGACAACGCAUGGCCCAAGACAAUGCGCGCCUGGACAUUCGAUGGCGCCACCCCUUCCCUUGCCAAAGCACUCCAUCUCGAGGAGCAGGCCGCACCGCCCCCCAAGUCGCUGUUCUCCCCACAGGCCAUUCUCGUCGAGGUCCUGUACAUGGCGGUCAACCCAGCUGACUACAAGGUGGCGAGCCUAGGCAUCCUCGCCCGGACCCUCAUGUCGCCACCAGCACACCCAGGCAUGGACUACUCAGGGCGCGUAGUCGUGGCUGGCGAGGCCGCGGCCGCCGACUACCGCCCUGGCCAGCUGGUCUUUGGGCGCAUCGAGCCGAACAAGUACGGCACGCUGGGGCAGUACAUCAUCGUCAAGAACGGCGAUGGCCUGGCACGCGUCCCGAGUGGUCUCGAGAACAAGAUGGCGGAGAUGGCGGCUGUGGGGACGUGCGGGCUGACGGCGGUGCAGACGAUACGGCCGUAUCUUCCCAAGGAGGAAGGCAAGGACGGCAAGAAGAGCGCGCCCAAGGUCUUUAUCAAUGGUGGGAGUGGCGGGACGGGCACGUAUGGGAUCCAGGUAGCCAAGGCGCUCGGGUGCCAUGUCACGGUGAGCUGUUCUGGCAGCAGCGCGCAGCUGUGCCAGGAGCUGGGCGCGGACGAGGUGAUUGACUACAAGACGCAGGAUAUCAGUGCGGUGUUGAAGGCCAAGGGGCAGCAGCCCGAGUUCAGUGUGGUGGUGGACAAUGUUGGGAUCACGCCCUCGGAGCAGCAAGAUCUCUAUAUCGCUGCCAAUAGCUUCCUGAGACCCGACGGCACCUUUGUUCACGUUGGCGGUGGGGUGAGCAUGGGGCAGGUCAAGUCUGCGAUGAAGAGGACGCUGGUGCCAGGGUUUCUGGGAGGAGGAAAGCGGCAGUUCAAGAUGAUCCUGACCCAGCAGAGCCAUGCCGAUCUGGAGACGAUUGCGGGUUGGAUGGAGGCGGGCAAGGUGAAAAGCGUCAUGGACGAGGUCUUCACGUUUGAGAAUGCCCCCAAGGCAUAUGAGAAGCUUGAGACCGGAAGAGCCAAGGGCAAGAUCGUGGUUCAGGUUGGGGGAAGCUGA